AUGCUCGUGCCUCACCAGAACUGGAGGCGCGGAAGAAAAGGAGGAGGUAGGGAGGGAGGGAUAUGGUGGACGAGGUUCAGAGGCACGGACACGGGAGAUUCGGAGCGAAGGUCAGGAAGGGGAAUUGAUCGGUCGACGAGAGGAGCAGGGAAGAUUGCGGGGAGCAACUGGGGUCGAUGUGGUCCCAUUCAUUGGACAAUUUCGAGAAUAGAGUAGAAGUGCGAAGGGUGCAUGCACUGGAGCAGCAGAGCGAGCGAAGUCGGGCGGACGGACCGAGGAGUGGGGAAAUCAAGAGAGUCAGUGCAUCCUCGAACGAGGGUUUAGACGAAUAACAGUGCAGGACGAGCAUGAAUGGUGUCUGUCUAGUUCGUGGAAGACGCUCAGAUUGGUUUGAAUUCUGUUGACGUCCGGGCCCUGGUUUUGUUGGAGGCAUUUGUUGUCUUUUGGAGGUGUAAAGUAAGUCAAGAAGGUGAGGAAGUAUCGUGAUGGCAUUCUCCACCGCGUGUACUCUGUCCGGUAGGAAUCCAGGCUCAUCGGUCCCAUCUACGCCUUCCGGAGUUCCAUUGUCAGUUGGCAUUUUUCACUCUUCUCUGCCUUCGAAAUCUCCCCAGCGGGUGGAUUGGCCCGGAAUUGGCGGUGGACAAGGACGCGUUUCAACAACGUAUGUAUCGUGUUCAUCCUCGGCGUCCACGACUCGACUCUCAUCGCGCCAUGAUGAUUCUUCGUUGAUGUUGAAUGGCAAUGCUAAGCAACUUGAAACAGCUGAAGCUGGUGAUGUCUCACGGCCCAGGAUGACAGAAGAAGAGGAUGAGCGGGAAAUUCUGAUUGAAUGUCGAGAUGUCUAUAAAUCCUUCGGCAGUAAACAUAUCCUAAGGGGAGCUAGCUUUAAGAUUCGUGAAGGAGAGGCGGUGGGCAUCAUUGGGCCCUCAGGAACUGGAAAGUCGACAAUUUUGCGAAUCAUGGCCGGACUUCUUGCCCCUGAUCAAGGUGAAGUGUAUAUUAUGGGGAAAAUGCGGAAGGGCUUGAUAAGUGAUGAAGCUCUGUCCGGCCUCCGUAUUGGCCUGGUUUUUCAAAGUGCGGCGCUCUUUGACUCUUUGACAGUACGUGAAAAUGUUGGAUUUAUGCUCUAUGAACACUCAGACCUUCCUAAGGAAAAAAUUCUAGAGCUUGUGAAAGACAGUUUGGCAUCUGUGGGCUUGAAGGGUGUAGAAGAUCGGUUACCUUCAGAACUUUCUGGAGGUAUGAAGAAGCGUGUCGCACUGGCUCGAGCCAUCAUCUCUGAUGAUCGAGUGGAGCAAUCAGAGCGCGAGUUGGUAAUGUAUGAUGAGCCCACGGCCGGACUAGACCCUAUCGCAUCUACAGUUGUGGAGGACUUGAUUCGUUCAGUACAUAUAAAUGGACAAGAUGCCCGGGGAAAGGCCGGAAAGAUCUCGUCUUAUGUGGUCGUGACACAUCAACACAGCACAAUUCGGCGAGCUGUUGACAGAUUAUUGUUUCUCCACGACGGGAAGGUGGUUUGGGAAGGUUUAACGGCUGAGUUUGAAACUACGACAAAUCCCAUUGUUCGGCAGUUUGCGAACGGCAGCCUUCGGGGGCCUAUCCGUUACUGAAUAGAAAAGGUUGGAUGGACAGGCAACACUUGUAAGCAGCAAUUGUAUCAUUAUCAUUUCUUCGUUAUCCUGCUUAUAUCUGCUACGUUAGAACGAUGUUCCUGUGUGAAAGAUAAGACAAGGAGAGAUCAAAGAUCCUCCUCUAUUUCCAUGUAACGAUAUUUUUGAGGAUGGGGAACAGGAGGUCAUGUUCAACAAAUUCAUCAACUCUGCUCUGGAGCUAACCUCGACCGAACAGUGAGAGUCCGAUUCCCAUUAGCCAGAUUCUUAUUCAAUCCUUCAAGUGUAGAGAGCGUAUUGUUUUGAGUAGAAGCCAGCGGCGCUUGAGGCUGUUGAGUACAAGUCUGAUUGAGCCCCCAUGAGGGACAUUAUGUUGGGUCAUACACAGCAUUGGAAUCGGAGGAUAGUUAAUAGUUUGUACAAUGGGGUCCCAGAUGUGUACCUAGGUGCUCCUCCAUGUUGUAAAUUGCAUCUUCCAUCAUUUUGAAAAGUAAAUUUCCAACCAAGACUGAGGUCAGUUGUUUAAACCGGAACAUAGGCUGCCCAUUCUAGCGUCCCUUUAAUCCAAUAUUGUUUUCUCCAAUCGUUAUGGUUUGCUAUUUUCAUUGGACUAGUAUGGAACGGCAACUCUUAAUUAAACAUCUUUCCUCCACCCCAAAAUUUCGAAACCAACGAUUUUUUCAGCGGCAUCAAGCAUUGAUUUGAGACUGUACAGAAUUUUUCCAAGUUAUACCGAGAGAAAGAAAGAAGUUUGACAGAAACUUGCAUAUGUAGCGGACGUCUAGCAUAAGUUCGAACUAAUCAAGUGGGUAAUUGCCUAUGGUGGUUAAAGCACCAGCCUUAACUCUUGAGGCAAAAUAUGCUCAUUGUAG